CUAUCUGUUUACUUCUGUCCAUGUCCAACUCUAUUGCCCUGGUCCAAAUUGCCAAACCUCUUUCCUGGAUUAUUACAACUACCUUCCUGUUGGUUGCCCUGCUCCCACCUUUCCCAACCUAGCAUCUGCUUUCCUCAUAGCAGCCAGGUGAUCCUUAGGAACUGUAAGUCAGAGUGCCCUUCCUGGGCUCAACAGCCUUUUUGGCUUCUUAUUUUUAUUAAAGUUAUGAUGCCUUUCUUUGGUUUUUACAGACCCUACGCUCUGCUUUUCAUCCCCCUUUACUUCUCUGACUACACCUCCUGUCUUCUCUCUUGCUAUCUUUCCAGACACAUUGUCGUCCCUGCUAUUUCUCUGUCCUGCUAAAGAUGCUGUACUGCCUGUUGGUGGUAACCAAUUACCACAAACUUAGUGGAUUAAAGAACAAACAUUUCUUAUUUUUCUGUUCUUUAGCCCUGAAGUCUGGUGAAUCUCACUGGACUCAAAUCCAGUUCUCUGUAGGACUUCAUUUUUUUUCUGAGUGUUCAGGGGCAGAAGAAACUUUUCCUUUGGUUUACCUGGAUACCAUGGCAGGUAUCUAGGGACUGUGCACAUCCUACUUCCCUUCCUCCAUCCUCAACAGCAGCAACUUUGCAUCUCUGACCAUUCUUCCGUAGUCAGAGAGUAGCUUCCUCUGCUCCUCUUCUUAUGCCUCUGUCUUCUACCUUUCAGGUCUCAUGUGAUUAUUUUGAUCACUCCUGGAUAUCCCAGGAUAAUAUUUUUAUUUUUUGGCCUAUACCUCUCAGAUGUUGAGGAUAACACCCAGACCUCUUUUUACCAAUGUUAAUUUCUUCACUUCAUACAGGAGAAAAAAUCCAAACUGAGAUAGAGACUAUUCUAGAAGCAGCAGCACAUGAAGAUGUGUCCUGCCAGCAAAUCUUGGAACAAAUUGCAAGUGACUUAACCAGGUCUCAGCUGUCCACACAAACUGAUAUGCCCUGCCAGGUUGAGACAGGACUGUCUAUUAAUCACAUAGGAGAGAAACCUUACCUGGGUCAUAGGAGUAAACAGUCCUUCAGUGAUAUCUCAAUCUUUGAUCUUCAUCAACAAUUACACUCAAGAGAGAAGUCUUAUUCGUGUAAUGAGUGUGGAAAAAGCUUCUGUUAUAACUCAGCUCUUUGUAUUCAUCAGAGAAUCCACAUGGGAGAGAAACUCUAUAAUUGUGAUGUGUGUGGAAAAGAAUUCAGUCAAAGCUUAUAUCUGCAAACUCAUCAGAGAGUCCACACUGGAGAGAAACCAUUCAAAUGUGAGCAGUGUGGGAAAGGCUUCAGUCGUAGAUCAGGACUUUAUAUUCAUCACAAAUUACACACAGGAGAGAAACCUUAUAAUUGUGAGGAAUGUGGGAAGGCCUUCAUUCAUGAUUCUCAGCUUCAGGAACAUCAGAGAAUUCACACUGGGGAGAAACCAUUCAAAUGUGAUAUAUGUUACAAAAGUUUUCGUAGUAGAUCAAAUCUUAACAGACAUUCCAUUGUUCACAUGCAGGAGAAACCAUUCAGAUGUGAUACGUGUGGUAAGAGCUUUGGUCAGAGAUCAGCUCUUAAUAAUCAUUACGUAGUCCACACUGGAGAGAAACUAUACAGAUGUGAGGAGUGUGGAAAAGGUUUCAUUCGUAGGCGAGAUCUUUAUAGACAUCAGAUGGACCACACAGGGGACAAACCAUAUAAUUGCAAAGAAUGUGGGAAGAGUUUCAGAUGGCCCUCAGGUCUUUCAAGACAUCAGCAUGUGCACAGUGGAGAAACACCUUUCAAAUGUGAAGAAUGUGGGAAGGGAUUUCAUACGAAUUCACAACGCUAUUCCCAUCAGAGAGCCCACAGUGGAGAAAAGCCAUACAAAUGUGGGGAGUGUGGAAAGAGUUACAAAAGGAGGCUGGAUCUUGACUUUCAUCAGAGGGUCCACAGAGGAGAGAAACUCUAUAAAUGUAAGGAAUGUGGGAAGAGCUUUGGCUGGGCCUCCUGUCUUUUGAAUCAUCAGAGAAUCCACAGUGGAGAAAAACCAUUCAAAUGUGAAGAAUGUGGGAAAAGGUUUACUCAGAAUUCACAACUUUAUACUCAUCGUAGAGUCCACAGUGGAGAAAAACCAUUCCAAUGUGAAGAGUGUGGAAAAAGAUUUACUCAGAAUUCACAACUGUAUUCCCAUCGCAGAGUUCACAGUGGGGUAAAGCCAUACAAAUGUGAGGAGUGUGGGAAGGGUUACAACAGUAAAUUUAAUCUCGACAUGCACCAGAGGGUCCACACAGGAGAAAAACCUUAUAAUUGUAAAGAAUGUGGGAAGAGCUUUAGCCGGGCCUCAAGUAUUUUGAAUCAUAAGAGACUCCAUAGUGGAGAAAAACCAUUCCAAUGUGAAGAGUGUGGUAAGAGAUUUACUGAAAAUUCAAAACUUCAUUCCCAUCGGAGAGUUCACACUGGGGAAAAGCCAUACAAAUGUGAGGAGUGUGGAAAAGGCUUCAGAUGGGCCUCAACUCACCUAACCCAUCAGAGACUCCACAGCAGAGAGAAACCAUUCAAAUGUGAGGACUGUGGAAAGAUCAUUGUACACAGUUCAUACCUUAAAGACCAGCAAAGAGACCAUAGUGGAAAAAAACCAUACAAAUGUGAGGACUGUGGGAAGGGCUACAAGAGGCGCUUGAAUCUUGAUAUGCUCUUGUCAUUAUUUUUAAAUGAUACAUAAUUGUUCAUGUUCAUGAGAUACACUGUGAUAUUUUGAUACGAGUCUACAGUGUAUAAUGAUCAAAUCAGUAUAAUUAGCAUAUUUAUCUCCUCAAACAUUUAUCAUUUCUUUGUGUUGGAAAAGCUUCAAAAUCUGCAUUUCGAGCUAUUUGAAAAUAAACACAAAAUUGUUCUUCAAUCACCUUGUAGUGCUGUAGAAUGUCAGAACUUAUUCUUCUAUCUAGCUAUACUUUUGUAUCUGUUAAUCAAUUUUGGCUGUUCCCCCAUCCUUCCUUGCUUCUAGUAACCACUAUUCUAUUCUCCACUUUUAUGAGAUCAACUUUUUCAGCUUCCAUAUAUGAGUGAGAGCAUGUA